AUGAACAGCACGCCCCCCUCUCAGGACUUUCGAACAUCGGGGCCAAGCCCAGCGUACGAAUCCGACGCAUACGCUCAACCGCACCAACAGAUUCGUGAUCCAACAGCACGAACCUCUUCAUUUUCGGCUCAGCCUACAUCUUCUACCAUGCCAGCAUCUCAGUCCUUUCCGAGCUUCAACACUCGUCAAGGUGCUCCUCCCAACCUUGCCUCUCCUCUGCCUGGCCCUGGUGCUCCUUCUGCUGUUGCUACCAACCCGGCAUCAACCCGAGCUUUUCAGCCAACCCACGGUCACAGUCAGUCGACCAGUGUCCUUCUCAACUCUUCCGCUCGUCAAAUGUACAAGCCACAGUCGCCGCAGUCAUCGCAACAACCAGGCUCGCUCAGAUCAGACAGCAUGCGUCCUAUGUCUGCUUUCCAGCCUCUCGAUAAUCCUGAUUAUUACGCCAACGGUGGUGUCGGCGGUGCUAGCCCAACUUCCCCAAGACCUCCUUCUCCCACCGGCUCUACAGCCAGGUCCAUUCGAUCAACCGCUCAAACUCUUCUCACCUUCAAGAGCCAAGACCUACGUAGUGCUCUCAGCCUCCAGGAAUCGCAACAGAAGAAGCUUUACAUGGAAGGCUACCUUCUCAAACGAGACGACCUUGGAACCGAUGGCAAGCCUCUUCACGUCGCUGACGACAAGCGCCGCUGGUCUGAAUGCUUCGUUCAGCUUUCUGGAACUGUUCUCAGUCUAUGGAACGUCGAUCAGAUGAAGCAAGCAGCAAAGCAUGCCACCGAGGUACCACCUACUUACAUCAACAUCACCGACUCCUUUGUCGACUUUAUCGGUCUUCUCAUCGAAGAUCCCAAGCUCAUCCCUGGCAGUCGCGGCCGUUAUCACCAUGCAUUCGCUAUCAACUCGGCCGGCAACAACCGAACCAUCUUUUGCUUCCGCGAUCCUCCUCCCUUCCCUCCCGAGUCGCUUGAGCAGUGGCUUGCUCCUGAGCAUCGCCAGAAGCCUCAACAUCGCACCGUCAUUGGCUGGCUCAACCUCGGACACCGUCACCUCCAGGCUUGGAUCAAUGCCAUUCGCCUUGCAUCUUGGGAGAAAGUCCGCCUCGAGGAGAUCUACACUGGCGCUCUUAUCCGUGCUCGUCUCGGUGCUAUCGGCGCUCCCGGCUCGUCCACCCCUGAUGGUGUCAAGGAUUCACCUGCUGUCUCAGUUUCCGACAUGACUAUCAAGUCUCCUCUCCUUAAGGGCAAGAUGGAAGGUUGGGUCAAAGCUCGCUUCAUGGGUUCCACCGAAUGGAAGAAAGUCUGGAUGGUUCUUACCGACCACAAGCCCGAUGAGUCAGAGUUUGGUACCAAGAAGAAGUUUUGGAAGAUCGGAUCCUCUGGCGGCGAUCGUUCUAGUAUCAUGAGCCUCAACAGCAGCUCAACAGCUGCUCCCGCGGCUCUUGGGAACGACGGCAAGGAGCUUCCACCUCCACCUGGCAGUAAUGGCGCUCCUGGUGUUGCUAGCUUCUUUGAGAACAAGAAGGACAAGAAGCCCUUUGCCUCUCUCAUCUAUGCUGCACACGCCUUUGCCGUCUACCCUUCGCGUCCCGAGCUGGUUGAGGGCUCUUCUCUGUUCAAAAUUGAGGGCGUCUUCCCUUCCAGCACUGUCCUUUCCGCUACUCAUCGUGUUCGCAGCACGGGUUGGGUUAUGCUCAUGCCCGAGCUCGAAGCUGCUGGUAGCAAGGGUGCCAACGCCGAGAUGAUGAAAUGGCUCAUCGCCUUUAUGGACUCUUUCAAGCUCUACGGUCGUCCUGAAACCUUUGUCUGGGAGGCGCGCGACCCCAUCUCGCCCUUCUUCGCCUAUCCCAUCGGUCCAUUCAAAGAUCGUCUUUUCCUCGACAGGGAGCUGGCUGAAUUCCUUGAGAUUGCUCGUGAAGACCAUCUCACUACCCGUGCUUCGUUGCACGGCAUCAUGGCCGCUCGAAUGCGGGGCGAACGCACCAAGAUCCUCCAGCCGCUUCCACCUCCUUCUCAAAACAUGCUUAUCCCAUCCCGUAGUGCUGCCGCGCUUACACCUGUAGAUGAGCCUCGAACGGCUUCUCGAGCAAGUGCUGCUGAUUCCGGCUCGCGAUUGCCUCCUUUCGACUUUGAUUCGAGUCGCGACCAGCCCCCAGCUUCCAUCGUUGCCAAUACCCAAGGUCCCGAAGACGCUGCAGAGCUCCCUGCCGAGCUUCCGCCUCGGAUUUCGCAAGCCUUCAGAGAUUCAGCUAGGGGCGACUUUGCUGACGAUCAGCGUCAGCGUCCCUCUUCGCCCAAUUUCGAUGCCUCUCGACCGCCUCGAGAGGCUCGUCCCGAUCAAUUCGGUGCAACUCAGCCUUCCCUGCACAAUACGCCCACCACCACGCAGGUCUCUGCAGCUUCUGUCACAACUGUGUCCGCCCCUGCAGAGCCUGUCGCUGCGGUGCCGCCGAACAAUGCAAUUUCCUCCUCCAACGCUGCACGGGCCCCUGUCGUUGCACCGAUCAACACUGCAACGCUUUCCAACGACCAGGCUGAUGAGCGAGCCAGCAUUCGUGCAAUCCCAGCCGCCUCACCCCGGGAUGCUUCUAGCAGCGUCCUUGCUUCGUCACAAGCUCCUGCUUCCAUGCAGAGUUCCGCGCCGGCCCGCGCUCCUGAAUCUUCGCUCACAUACCUCAGCCCCAACGCCGGAGUCCAGCCCAUGUCUGCCUCCUCGUCUCAAGCCGAGUCGGUCGCUUCGCGAGCUGCACCUGUGUUCGGGCCGUCCGGCCGAGGUGCAGAGCAGAACGUCACCGAAGAGCCUCGCUCGACCAAGCGCGACUCUGACUUGCCGACCAACUACGAUGAGAGCGCUCUCUUCUACAUGGCUUCCAUCUCUGACCAGCUUCCUGCUCCUACCUCGCAGCCUGUCGUCAUGUCGGCGCCUAGCGGCAAUGUCGUCACCAAAGAGAGCUCUCAAGCUUCGCGCCCUCAGAGUCUCGCGCCAGCUUCCGGUGCCACUUCUGCCAUUCAGUCCGAAAGCACUCAUACCACGCGUCUCUCGUCUGACCAGCCACAGGCAACCACUGCAGCAGCAACUGGCCCUGUACAAGCUGAGCACGUCAAGCCCGAGCAGGCGCAGACCGUGCCAAGGGCAAACCCGACUCAGGACGACACCAUCAACGACGACGCGCUCGCCGCCUACUCUUUCCUGGAACAACCUUCAUCUCCCGCACUCAGGACCAAGGAGAUCGCCCCCAAACCUAUCGAGUCGGACCAUACCGCAGUUUCUCCCGUUCCACCGGUCGUUGCGACACAGCCAGCACCCAACACCACCACGCAGACGUCUACGAACAGCAACUUCGGCGCUCGUCCGGCUGGCGUGCAGUACCCGUCCACCUUCGGUCAGAACAAGAGAGCUGCCGAGCGCAAGUCUGCCGCUCAGCUCCAGGCGCAAGCGCACCAGGAGGCCCUCUCUCGACCCGGUCGCGCUGGUGGCAACAAGCCCAAGGGCAUCCGUCGUCCUGGCUGGGUAGACGACAGUGAGGAGGAGGAAGACGAAGAGGAGGAGGAAGACGAAGAGGAGGACAAUGAAAGUCACCAGGAUGCACGCGCUGCUAACAGGGCUGGGCCAGCUGGCAGUAUUGCCCGCUCCGCUGCUAGCCCUAACCGUGGCGCCCCAGGAAGUGACUCGCCUGUCAACCUGGCCGACUCCACGGGCAGUCUUGGGCGUAGCAACGACCAAGCUAUGCAGGGCGCUGCUGGUACUUUCCCGCGAUCCACUUCUGGCUAUGGCGCAAGCAUGCUCGGUGGUUCUCGCUCUGCCUCGCCGGGCCAGUCGCCUGCACGAGCUGGGAUGCCAACUCACCCCUCGAUGCAGGCAUAUCAGCGGCAGUCGAUGUUUAACACCCACCUCGCUGUUGCUCACGGCGACGACUCUCGGUCCAACACGCCACCUCAGGGUCCUAUCGUGCGCGAUCGUCAGACCUUCUUGCAGCUCAACCCUGAAGAGCAGCCAGGUGCGAUGACCACUGUUUUCACGCCACACGGACUCGUUCAAGCCGGUGCGCAGGACAAGGCGGAGCGAUCUGCCAAGGCGCAAGAAGCAGAGGCCAGAGCCAUGGGCAGCCAUCUGGUUAAUGUGCCUAACAAGCCUCCUCCUCCCCAAGCUGGUCUCCUAGGCGCAAUCACUGCCCACGAGCGCGAUCGCAAGGGUGCUGGUGGCUUUGGUGCCACCCUCACCGAACGUGAGCGCGAGCGUGCCGCCGCUGAACGACGUCAACGCGAAGAGGAUCUUGUGCGACAGCAGCAGCAACAGAUGCAACAGCAGCAGAUGGCGUACUUUAACCCGAUGAUGUACCAGCAGAUGAUCAUGUCUGGCAUGAUGGGUGGUAUGGGUGGUAUGGGUGGUAUGGGUGGUAUGGGUGGCGUGGGAAUGAUGGGCAUGCCACACAUGGGUGCAUUCGGUGGCUCGCAGAUGGGUGGCAUGGGUGGAGGAUUUGACCCUAUGAUGGCACAACAGCAGGCUAUGCAGGCUGCCCAGAUGGCUUACAUGAAUGCAUUGCAACAGGCUCAUCAUGAAGGUUCGGCGCUCGGUCAUGGCUCGCCCACUGGCACACCUGCCUCUACAAUGGGCAUGCCUAUGGGCGGAAUGCCUUUUAUGACUAGCCCCCAUAUGAGCAUGAUGGGCGCCCCUUAUCCUGGCUUCAUGUCUGCCAUGGGUGCAGCACAGUCCGAAUUUGGAGUAGCCGGCACUACUUCACCUUUGCCACGUCCAUCUUCGACCAAGCCCAAUGGUCAGGCUAAUGGACAGAACAACGUUUAG